UCUUUGUAUCCCGUGUUAUCGUUAAAAAGAAAAAGCAACAGAAGAAAGAAGAAAGAAGAGUUUUGAAGGCUCCGUUGAUAGGUAGACGAGAUCACAAAAAUCAGAUUUUUUUCUUCUGAUCAACGCUUUAGACUUCAGACUCCAAUGGCACUUCUAUUGGAAAAUCCCCAAAGUAUUCCAUCUGUUGGAACAUUCUCGGAGGAUGAAAGGGAGAAGAUGCGUAUGAAAAAUCAGGCAAUACUUGCUCUCUGGUUGAAGAUGGAUGAUAAAGAAAGAUUGUUGGGUCCUACUACUCAGUGCGGCGGAGCAGAUAGUUCUGAGAUAUUUUAUCCGCUGGUUGGAACUAAUUCGUUGGUGCAAGAAAAAAAACACCGGGUAAUAAGGCUAACUGAUGUUAUUAUCUUUCCCAAGUUAGGAGGCCAAGGUGGAAAACGAGCGACCAUUACCGGUACCCUUGAAGUCCAUGUAAACGGGUUUGUAUAUACGGCCUCUGGUUUCCGUAAGCAUUUUUAUUUUGACGAUAUCAAAAGUUGUUUCUUCGGACUUGGGGGCAAGGGUGGGACGCCUCUCUUACACUUUCACUUGCACCGCCCCUUGAAAAAGUGGACAGGAAAGCCAAAAGAUAUUGAAUUCCAUUUGGUGAAAUGCCCUCGGGGACAGAAGAUGUCUGAUCAUGAUUCAAAUAAGAUUGAGAAAGGGAAGCAAAACAGCUCGGAUGACGAACGUUUAAAGAAGUUUGUCGAGGAAGUUCAUGCUCGAUGGAUUUCCCUGCCUACAUCACCUAGUUUAUUUGAUGAGAUUGACAAGAAGUAUGAAGGGGUUAUUCACUGGAAGGGAUCAACAGUCAGCUCAGACACCGCCUUUGCCCUGACUUCAUAUGACCUAAUUUUUCUUGUAGGGCCUUUGCCUGAAGUGUCUAAGCCUUUCACUGUGUUCCCACUAAGGGACAUUGAGAUUGUUAAUCUUGCGCUGCUCGAACCUGGGAAAAUUGAUAUGACAGUCAUAUUUCGGGACUUCAAUGAGGAAAAUGUGCUUGAAGUCAAAUCAAUCGCCUUAGAGUCACUUGUUGACAUAAAAGAUCGUCUUAACUAUGGUAAUGUGAAGUACUAUGUGAACACUAAACAGUUAGACUGGAAGGCCAAGGUGAAAGAAAUAGCAGCUCUCCCGGAGGAAUUCAUAAACAUGGGUGGAUGGGAUAAAUUUGAACUCGAGGAUCGUUAUACUUCGUCCGACUACGACUAUCCUUUGACGAUGAGGAAAUUGGUGGGAUGAAGGGAGUGACUGGUCAGAUGGGGAGAGAAAUGGUAGUAAAUCAGGAUGAAGGUUGAUUUAGACAAAAAGGUAUAUCUCUUUUGAAUGUGCACACAGUUAUUACGUAUAAUGCCAAUGUUACAGUAAUGAAGAUAUUCUCCCAAUUUUCAGUUUGUCAAUUUCUUAUUCUACAAGACGAAGUUUGUGUUAGUAGAUGAGUAGUCUGUUAUAACUAAACAUAUGUUGGAGCUUCUUUAUUAGCAUUAUUGUUGAACUUGAAUGUUACUCUUGUUUUUGUCUAAGUGAUUGUUGUUUUCUUUUAAUGAUUUUAGACAGAGAAGUGUUGCGUCUUUUUUGAAUGUGCUUGCAGAUACUCAUAGUAUUGAUCAGAUGCUGUUUCAGUGAUCAUUGUUUUGUUUUAA